AUCUAUAUAGAAGGUACGAUUGUUCAAUACUACGAUUGUUCAAUAGGUUUCUGUCUUUUCUGUUCUCCUCAGUCAGUUUAGUUACUGGUCAUGGCGGCUGUAUUUUAGAUUUUUACGUAUUUAUUUAUUUAUUAUCAUCACGAUAUCCAUUUCUACUUGUGUAUGAUAUUUACAUAGGUUCAUACUUAUUCUAUCUAGUGAAAGUAAUAGCGAAUGUCUGUUAUGUCAAACCUAUCUAAAUAUUAUGACCUAGACAAGGUCGUUUAGUUGCUCUAGUUGGACGGCAAAAUGAUAUAAAAAUAUUGCACAGUAAGUCCUGAGUAUCAGUCAAUAAUUGUACACAGAAGACAAAUCAACAAAAUGUUCUCUAAAAUCGUAGCUCUCUGUGGUUUGGUGGCGGUGUGCCAGGCAGGUCUGCUGCCCGCCCCCGUGCACUACUCCUCCGCCGCCGCUGUCUCCUCACAGAACAUCGUGCGUCACGACCAGCCUGCCCAGCACGUGGCAUACCACGCUGCCCCCGCUGCGGUUGCUUACCAUGCUGCCCCUGCUCCAGUUGCUUACCACGCCGCUCCUCUCGUCGCCCGUGCUGAAGAGUUCAACGCUCACCCCAAAUACGAGUACAACUACUCUGUUGCUGACGGUCACACCGGUGACAACAAGUCCCAGCAGGAGGUCCGCGACGGAGAUGUUGUGAAGGGCUCUUACUCCUUCCACGAAGCUGACGGCUCCAUCAGGACCGUGGAGUACUCCGCUGACGACCACCACGGUUUCAACGCUGUGGUGCACAACACCGCCCCUACCGCCGCCCCUGUGCUCGUGAAGGCCGCUCCCGCCUACGCCGCGCCCGCCCACUACUACCACCAUUAAGAUUCCUGACUGAAAAUACGCAUGAAUAUUGUUUUCUACAAAACUAUGUUGAUAGUGUAAAUAAGUUACUAUUUAUUGCAA